CGCUGCGGCGGCAGCAGCAGCAGCAGCAGCAACAACAGCAGCAGCGGGAGCCGCGGCCGCUGCGCCGGGAGCAGCCGGAUGUUGACACAUGUGGACCAACAGUGACAUCCUUUUUCAGCAAUGCUGUCUUCACUCCCUCCUGCAUUCAGAAGCAUCUAGAGAGAUUUUUUGCAGAAGGGAUCCUCAAUGCAUUUGCCUGCCGUUAUUUAAGGAGCCUUUACUAAAAGCUUCUGGAUUGUGUUUCUGAGCGGACAAAAGAUUUUUGUAGUCAAAAUGCUCAUAAAGGAAUAUCGUAUUCCUCUUCCGAUGAGCGUGGAAGAAUAUCGAAUUGCGCAGCUGUACAUGAUACAGAAAAAGAGCAGAGAGGAGACAUGUGGGGAAGGCAGCGGAGUAGAGAUCCUGGAGAACAGGCCAUACAUGGAUGGACCGGGAGGCAACGGGCAGUAUACUCACAAAGUAUACCACAUUGGUAUGCACAUACCCAGCUGGUUUCGGUCAAUAUUGCCCAAGGCAGCUCUGCGAGUCGAAGAGGAAUCGUGGAAUGCAUAUCCUUAUACAAGAACAAGGUAUACGUGUCCUUUUGUGGAGAAGUUCUCUAUUGAUAUUGAGACGUACUACAAAACUGAUCCAGGAGAGCAUGUCAACGUGUUCAACCUUUCUCCUGCAGAAAAAAGACAAACCAUUCUAGAUCCUAUUGAUAUUGUUAAAGAUCCUAUCCCUCCACAUGAAUACAAAGCUGAGGAGGAUCCAAAGCUAUAUAAAUCAGUGAAGACUAAAAGAGGCCCCCUCUCAGAAGACUGGAUUCAAGAGUACAAGAACAACCCUGGGAGAUGCCCCAUCAUGUGUGCAUAUAAACUGUGUAAAGUCGAGUUCAGAUACUGGGGGAUGCAGUCGAAAAUCGAGCGGUUUAUCCAUGAUGUUGGCUUGCGGAAGGUCAUGGUCCGUGCCCAUCGGCAGGCUUGGUGCUGGCAGGAUGAAUGGUAUGGGCUCACCAUUGAGGAUAUCCGGCAGCUGGAGAAGGAGGCACAGUUGAUGCUGGCUCAGAAGAUGGCCCAGUUCUGCAGUGAAAAUGAUACUGAGCAGCACGGUGUCAAAGACACUCCUGGUGAGAAGGAUGUUGAAGCCAACACAGUUUCACCUGUUGACACAGAGGAUGCCGCUGGUAACAAUGAAACAGCCUCUGGGAGAUCGCUCACCAAGCAGUGGUCCACCUCUUCCAAGUCCUCACGAUCUUCAAAGAGAGGAGCAAGUCCCUCACGCCAUAGUAUCUCCGAGUGGAGGAUGCAGAGCAUUGCCAGAGAUUCAGAUGACAGCUCAGAUGAUGAAUUCUUUGAUGCACAUGAGGACUUGUCUGACAAUGAGGAAAUGUUCCCGAAAGAAAUAACCAAAUGGAGCUCCAAUGAUCUGAUGGAUAAAAUUGAAACCCCCGAAUGCGAUGAUGUCCAGGGUGACUUGUAUCACGAGCCAUCAGCAGAGUACCACGUUGGCUCCAGCGUGGAGAGGCUCAGCAUCAUUGAAGAUGAAUCAGUGCAGCCAUUAAUGCAGCCGAGUAAAAUCCAUGUCCUCCUCUUGGUACUCCAUGGAGGGAACAUCCUGGACUCAGGAAGUGGUGACCAGAGCUCUAAGCAAGGGGAUGUCAACACCAUCACGACGGUGUUUGACACAGUGAUGAGGGUACAUUACCCAGCUGCUCUUGGACACAUUGCCAUCAGGCUAGUCCCUUGCCCAGCCAUCUGCUCUGAAGCUUUUUCGCUGGUGUCCAGCCUCAGCCCAUACAGUUAUGACGAAGGCUGCCUGUCCAACAGCCAGGAUCACAUUCCCCUUGCUGCACUCCCUCUGCUAGCAACAUCCUCCCCGCAGUACCAAGAAGCAGUAGCCACAGUCAUCGUCAGAGCUAACCAGGCCUACAGCGAGUUCAUCAGAUCCCAAGAGGGCAUGUCAUUCAACGGCCAGGUCUGCUUGGUAGGGGACUGUGUUGGAGGAAUUCUGGGAUUUGAUGCCUUAUGCUACAGCAAUCAGACUGUGUCCGAGAGCCAGAACAGCAGUCGACGAGGAAGCGUUGUGAGUGUCCAGGAUACUGACCUCCUGUCUCCUGGAAUAACGGUGAACAACAGCUAUUGUUCCACUGGCUCUAAUCUGGAAGCCAGCAGACACCUCAGCAGGAGCAACAUUGAUAUUCCCCGUAGCAACGGAGAAGAUCCAAAGAAGCAGCUGCCACGAAAAAGGAGUGAUUCAUCAACCUAUGAGCUGGACACGAUAAAGCAGCAUCAAGCCUUUCUUUCAAGUUUACAUUCUAGUGUUCUGAGAAAUGACCCAGGAUCCAGGCGAUCUAGUAGCUCUACUAUGUUGGAUGGAGGAAAUAUUGGAAAGUUUGAAUUUGAGAUCACUGACUUCUUCCUCUUUGGUUCUCCCUUGGGUCUGGUUCUUGCUCUGCGAAAAACUGUCAUUCCAGCUCUUGACAUCUUUCAGCUCAGACCAGCUUGUCAGCAGGUCUAUAACCUGUUCCACCCUGCAGACCCAUCUGCUUCACGCCUCGAGCCUCUUUUGGAGAGGAAGUUCUACCUUUUGCCCCCCUUUAAUAUUCCCCGUUACCAGAGGUUCCCGCUGGGUGAUGGCAAUUCUGCUGUUCUGGUUGAGACAAUCCAGAACAAUCCCAUCCUCCUCAUGGAAAGUAGCCCUCUGGGUGCUCUCCAGCACCAGGACAGCUUCAUGGAAACAAGUAUCCCCGUUCCCGUACUGAAUUGGCAAGAUGUUUCCAAUAAAAGUGCUGGUUUUGCUGAGUCAGAUGUUGUUCAGUCUCAUGGUGCCGUCUUCAUGGAAAGCGCGUCCCUGUCCACCCCCAUUUCAGCCCCUCAGUUCAGGGGCUUCCGGAGAGCCAGUGAGAUCAGCAUUGCCAGCCAGGUCUCAGGAAUGGCAGACAGUUACACUGCUUCCAACAUAGCCAACAAAACCAAACACCACCUUAAUCAUUGUAGAGGGUUUAGCCUUCUGUCCCAACUUGCCCUCCCUCACAAAUCCCCUACCCAAACCUCAUCCAAGAGACGUAGGCAGCAUAAACUUGAAAUCCCUUCAAAGGGAAGAAAGCUCAAAGGGCUGUGGAGUCAGGCUGCAGACUGUGCUCUUCGGAUACCCGACCUGGACAUCAAGACAGUUGCUGCUAAAUGGUGGGGAACCAAAAGGAUUGACUACGCUCUCUACUGUCCUGAUGCUCUGACGGCUUUCCCAACGGUCGCUUUGCCGCACCUCUUCCAUGCAAGCUACUGGGAGUCCACAGACGUCGUCUCCUUCCUGCUGAGACAGGUGAUGAGGCACGAGAACUCGAGCGUUCUGGAGCUGGAUGGGAAGGAGGUGUCUGUCUUCACCCCCUCCAAGCCCCGCGAGAAGUGGCUCCGCAAGAGGACACACGUGAAGCUCCGGAAUGUCACAGCCAACCACAGGAUAAACGACACCAUCGCUAAUGAAGAUGGGCCCCAGACCUUAACUGGAAGGUUUAUGUACGGUCCAUUAGAUAUGGUCACGCUCACAGGAGAGAAGGUGGACAUUCACAUCAUGACCCAGCCGCCGUCGGGAGAGUGGGUUUACUUUGACACAGAGAUCAGCAACAGCAGUGGCAGGAUUUCUUAUGUCAUCCCUGAGAACCGGCGCCUGGGCAUUGGCGUGUACCCUGUCAAGAUGGUGGUCAGAGGCGACCACACGUAUGCAGACAGCUACAUCACGGUCCUGCCGAAGGGGACGGAGUUUGUGGUGUUCAGCAUCGACGGCUCCUUUGCAGCUAGCGUAUCCAUCAUGGGCAGCGACCCCAAAGUCCGCGCCGGAGCGGUCGACGUUGUAAGGCACUGGCAAGACCUCGGCUACCUCAUUAUCUAUGUCACGGGCCGCCCCGACAUGCAGAAGCAGAGGGUGGUAGCAUGGUUAGCACAGCACAACUUCCCCCAUGGGAUCGUCUCCUUCUGCGAUGGGCUCGUUCACGACCCGCUGCGGCACAAGGCCAACUUCCUGAAAUCCCUCAUCACAGACCUCCACAUGAGGAUCCAUGCGGCAUAUGGAUCUACUAAGGACAUCUCUGUGUACAGCUCCAUCAGCCUCCCGCCCACGCACAUCUACAUCGUUGGCCGACCCACCAAGAAGCUGCAGAGCCAGUGUCAGUUCAUCACGGAGGGGUACGCAGCCCACCUGGCCCAGCUGGAGUACAACCACCGCUCGCGCCCCGCCAAGAACACCACGCGCAUGGCGCUGCGGAAAGGCAGCUUCGGGCUGCCCAGCCAGACCGAGUUCCUGCGCAAGAGGAAUCACUUGCUGCGGACCAUCUCCUCCCAGCCUUCGGCCACCAGCGGCAGCGCCGGCCACCGCCCCGAGCGCACCCAGAGCCAGUCCGACAGCGACAAGGAGAGGGACAGGGAACGCAGCCAAAGAAGCAUGAGCAUCGCCACGGGGUGCUGGGGCCGGAGCGCAGCAUCCCGGCUGGAGUCUGGCCUCUUGGGGCAGAAGUAGGCAGGCCAGAGCCAGCGACUGUCGGCUGCAGCCACCGGAGGAGAAAACAAAAGGGAAGAGGGACGAGGCCGGCGUUACAGGCUGGAAGGGUAAAUAUGGUGCUACUCUAAUAACAUCAUGGUAUUCUGGGAAGAGACGGGAUGUUUCCCACGCAGAACGUGCAGGCCUUGCAGCGGGAGCGUCAGGUUUGUGCAGCAUGAGCCCAAGGAACAGCUGGAAAUUGGGGGGAAAAAGUCUCCAGGUCAAGAUCGCGCUCUCUCCUGCCUCCUCUUAUCCAGGUUUAGUGACUGUAAAUACGUGCCUCCUCGCCUUGUUAGCCAUCGCUCCGAUACGCGUGACCGAGUGCUGUCCUCAGAGCCACAGGAACAGGGGAUGAGGCUGGGGGAACUUGUUCUUGGUUGUCCCAGGAGUCAGACGGAGGUGCUCUGCCGGUGCCGACACGGGGCGGGUUUGGGGCUCGAUGAGCGUGCUGUUUCCCCGGCACAGACAGCCCCAAGCGAGGGAUUUGUGGUGGGCUGUGCCAGGCAGAGCAACCGAGAGCUUUACCUGUACAAAGAGCUUCAAGUUCAGCCACUUUCUCAAGGAGUACGUGCAGUGGCAAAGCAUAAAGAUGUAUCGAUGCUGUUGGUAGAGGCAGAAUGUCGGCAGAUUCACGCCCAAGAAAGUGGGGUCGUUAUUGUUAUUACUGUUAUUUUUUUAAAGAGACCUUUUAGAAGCCGAUGGAAUUUAAUGGGUUGACCUAUUAAAAGAGGAAUACAAGCUAUUUUGUUUGAGCUGUUACAAACCUCAGACACUUAAUUUGCUGUUAAAGUCUCCAAAUAUUCUUGCUAUAUAUUAUUUCCAAAAGUAACCACCGUAUAUUUGGAAGCAGCUGAAGGCACUCAGCAGCUAGAUUGCAUUGCAGUUCUUCUCAUCCAAGUGCAGGGUCUGACUCUCUCAACACCCACCUCCGAGACGUUUUCUUCUUCCCAGGUUCUCUCCAAGUUCAGUAGCAGCUUUCAUGGGAACUAGACUCGCUUCUUUUACCUGUAGUUACUGAACUGUAAAACCUCAUUGUUUUUUGCACUGAUGAUUUUUAGAAUGGAAACCUGUUACCAUCUCAUGUAGCUACACCUAACUGUUUGUAGUGCAUGACAAUGAAAUAUUGCUAAG